AUGUCAACUACUUCACAAAAAACAAUUUUAUUCCUCCAUGGCUAUACUCAAAAUGCAUCGAUUUUUCGUGCAAAAUCCUCAGCGCUUCGUAAGAAGCUCAUGAAAUUGGGUUAUAAUUGUGUUUAUUUAAAUGCACCAUAUGUUUUGACACCAGCAGAUUUACCUACAUCUUCCGAUGGAGACUCGUCGUUAUCGAAAUUUGGUUCGGUUGCAUCAGAUGCAGAACAUCAUAUUACCUAUAGAGGCUGGUGGAUCAAACCUAACAAAGGUAACGAUUUUGUCGAGAUUGACAAGAGUUUUGAUGCCGUGAAAAACUAUAUCAACAAGGGAGAAAUUCUUCCAGACGACGAGGAGAUAAAAAAGGAGAAUAUUCAGAUAAAAAAAGAGGCAGAAAAUGAACAAAAAAAGGAUAAGGAAGCAACUGAAGGAAAAAAGAGCGAGGAGGUUGUUGGUAUUAUUGGUUUCUCUCAAGGUGGAGCAUUUGCCAACUUGAUUGCUCACAAUUUCAAUACUUUAUUCAAUACCAACACCUCCUUGAAAUUCGUCAUACUGUACUCCAGCUUUAAGCUUGAUACACUGAAAAGGGCAGGUAAUGAGAAAUACAUGAGUUAUUAUCCGCUGGGUCAAGAUGACUUGGACCAGAGCUCAACUCGGUAUUUACAUGUCUUGGGGGAAUUGGAUACUGUUGUAGACGAAAGUCGGAGUUUAGCCAUAUACGAAACUACGAAAAGUAGAAGUGAUUUGUUGAAACAUCCCGGUGGACAUUUUGUGCCCAACUCAAAGGUUUAUGUUGAUCAAGUUUGCAAUUGGAUACAGAGCGUCACAACCGACGAAGUGGAGAAAAGUAAAAAUGGAACUAAUGACAAUGGAGUCAAAGAUGAGACAAACAAAUUUUCUCAAAAGGAUACAAAAGAUGAUAUCGACGAUCUAUUGGCCAUGAUGGAUGGGUUUGGAAAAGCAUAA